GGGAGCCGGAGCCAGCGCUUGCAGCAUGUCUGCAGCCAGUUAGAGCACCGGGAGCCAGCCUGCAUCGGGCCAGAGCGGCGGCUGCAGCUGGCGGCUCGGCAUGAAGAAGCGGCUUUGUGCUCUGGAAGCACCUGACUGGAUGGAUGCUUUUGUCUGAGCAGCAGCAGCAGCAGCAGCAGCAGAUACCGCGGGGGGAGCGCUGAGAGCCGGCGGGGACCUGCUCUUGCUUCGGCCACUUCGGGGCUGCUCCGCUGCCGGCAUCGCAGCCCGGCUCUCCCGGAGCCCCUCGGCUACUCCGGCGGGUCCAAGCUCGGCGGUUUCCCGGGCAGCGUUUGGGAGCCAGCCGGGCAGCCUGCGGCCGGGGGCUCGGGCUGCCACCUGCACGGUGGCCAGAGGUGUCCCCAGGGCGCGAUGCAAGUGUCCAUCGCCUGCACAGAGCACAACUUGAAGAGUCGCAAUGGUGAAGACAGGCUCAUCAGCAAGCAGAACACCACUGCCCCCAACGUAGUGAAUGCAGCCCGGGCAAAAUUUCGGACAGUGGCUAUUAUUGCUCGCAGUUUGGGGACAUUUACCCCUCAGCACCACAUUUCCUUAAAAGAAUCCACGGCAAAGCAAACGGGCAUGAAAUAUAGAAACCUUGGAAAAUCUGGACUGAGAGUCUCGUGCCUGGGCCUGGGGACGUGGGUCACUUUUGGAGGCCAAAUCUCUGACGAGGUGGCCGAGCAGCUGAUGACCAUCGCCUACGAGAGCGGCGUCAACCUGUUCGACACGGCCGAGGUGUACGCGGCCGGCAAGGCUGAGGUUAUCCUGGGGAACAUCCUGAAGAAGAAGGGCUGGAGGAGAUCCAGUCUGGUCAUAACAACAAAAUUGUACUGGGGUGGAAAAGCUGAGACAGAAAGAGGCCUGUCCAGAAAGCACAUCAUCGAAGGGCUAAAGGCUUCUCUGCAGAGGCUGCAGCUGGAGUACGUGGACGUUGUCUUCGCCAACCGCCCGGACAAUAACACCCCCAUGGAAGAAAUAGUCCGGGCGAUGACACACGUGAUCAACCAAGGCAUGGCCAUGUACUGGGGCACGUCCCGCUGGAGCGCCAUGGAGAUCAUGGAAGCCUACUCUGUUGCAAGGCAGUUCAACAUGAUACCACCCGUGUGUGAACAAGCUGAAUACCACCUCUUCCAGAGAGAGAAAGUGGAGGUUCAGCUGCCAGAGUUGUAUCACAAAAUUGGGGUUGGAGCAAUGACGUGGUCCCCCCUUGCCUGUGGGAUCAUCUCAGGGAAAUAUGGCAAUGGGGUCCCCGAAAGCUCAAGGGCUGCCCUGAAGUGCUACCAGUGGCUGAAAGAGAAGAUCAUCAGCGAGGAGGGCAGGAAGCAGCAGGUGAAGCUGAAGGACCUGUCGCCCAUCGCCGAGCGCCUGGGGUGCACGCUGCCGCAGCUGGCUGUUGCCUGGUGCCUCAGAAAUGAGGGGGUGAGCUCCGUUCUCCUAGGAUCUUCCAACCCUGAGCAGCUGAUAGAGAACCUUGGAGCCAUACAGGUCCUCCCAAAGAUGACAUCCCAUAUUGUAAACGAAAUAGAUAAUAUUCUGGGCAACAAGCCCUACAGCAAGAAGGACUACAGGUCAUAAUGUGAUGCAUGAUUCCCUGGACUGCAUGGUUUAACCAGUGCUCUGCACUGAGGUACAGCCCCGAGUCAAUAUCCGGCCUUCAGAAUCAUUCAGCUGCUCGGUGUCUGCUCUCACUGGAGCCCUCCAGGUGUGUGCUCUGGCUACUAAUCUGCAGUGAAAUUUAAAAGCACAGGUCGAUCUCUCUUCUAACCAAGAAUAAUCUUGUAUUUUCUUACCUUCGACUGGAUUCAUUAAUUUUUACUUUCCUCUUAGCACCUCAUGCUUGUGCUGUGAAAAACACUUGUAAAGCAAAAAAUAAUUUCUAACCUUCAGGUACUUGGUAAUUAGAGAAGGAUGUACAGAUCUAUUUUUUCAAUGAAGAAAAGCCAGAUACAACUUAAGGUUUUAAUAAAACCACAUUUGGGAAAUCCCAACUAUAAAGUUUCUUCAGGUUAACAGAUAGAAGGGGCAAGCUCAAAUUUUCUGUUGGUUGUUUUCCUUUUUUUAUGCUGAAUGUAUGCUCUAGAUUUCGUUUGUAGUUGAGUAAAAGAUGUAGGAUAGAGAAUUGGUUAGAAAUUAGAUAGCUCAGCUCCUAACUAUACAAUUAUUCCAGCUGUGGAGUGCUCCUGGGAAGUAUUUCUGGGUACAGGCCAGAAGAGCACUGUUAGAAACACCAAACGUGCAUGUCAGGUUAAUAAAAACAAUGCAAAAUCCUAAUUCUACAUAAACCUUAAAUCAAGAAAGCCAUGUUAAAAAUACAGGUUUUUGCAUCUGUAGAAGCCUGCCUCUACUUCUGCCUGCUUGUAGACAUAGCUAAUGCAAAUUUCAAUACUCCUGAGCUUUUAAGGAUAUAGAUAUUUAUAUAUAAUGUAUAGCUGCUGAAAAAUACCAGGAAAAAACAGGUAUGUACUUUGGUGGAAGAUCACCUUUGCUUUAACUGUUCUGGAACAGGGCAUAAGUAAACACAUGGUGUUUUUCAGACACGUUGUAAACAGGUAGGGUUUUUGUGAGCACUUCAUCCCUCUGACAGUGAGCACUUCUAUAUUAAUUUGCCCAUCUCAAGAACCAAGCCAUGUUUUCCCAUGAGUUUGCUUUGUAAAAUGCUCCGAUGAUUUCAGUAGCUCUCACUCGUAUGGAACUGUGUCCUUUGGCACAUGCUUCCCAGGGGUAGGACCCUUAGACCCCAGUCCCCUUGGCUCCAGGGUAGCUGCAGAGCUUGUGCUGCCUUCAGUGGCCACGGGAUCAGAUCCUGGUCCUUGAGUUGUCUCCUCCUGUAUUUAAUCCCCUGAGCUGUGGUACGUGUAACUGAACCUCGCUGCUGUACGUCCAGACAUGCUGUCUGACUCUGAUUUCUGCUUGGACUCAAUAAAAGCAUUUUGUGC